CCGGUUGUAAAUAACACGUAGCAUUACCUUGAUAUUUUCAUCAGUUUUUAGGAUUUUUCACCACAUACAUUGACGUCCAUAGGUUCAGUUGUUAGAAGGAAUUCAAAAUGAGGCACAUUUUGUGUGUGUUUGUUAUAUCUAUGGUGUUACAAGGGAUUGUAUGCCCCCCUGUAAACCCUAAUCCCCAACCUAAAGAAAAAGAUAGCGAAGCUGAUCAGGAUACCGGCCUCCAUUAUGAUAGAUAUCUGAAAGAGGUUGUCAUGACUCUGGAAGAGGAUCCAGAAUUUAGAAAAAAAUUAGAGGAGGCUAAUGUCACCGAUAUUAAGUCUGGAAAGAUUGCCAUGCACUUAGAAAAAGUAGCCCACCAUGUGAGAGAAAAAUUAGAUGAAAUUAAACGAAAGGAAGUUAAUAGACUGCGGAUGUUGGCCAAGGAGAAAAUGAAACAAAUGCAGGGUACGGAUGUAUUGAAAUUGGUAGCUCAGUAUGGAGGAAUACAGAAGAUUGAUGAAUCAGUCUUGCACCAUGUAGAUGUCCAGAACCCCCAUUCAUUUGAAAUGAAAGAUUUAGAAAGACUAAUUCAGAAGGCAACAAAAGACCUAGAUGAAUUGGACAAGCAGAGAAGAGAAGAAUUCAAAAAUUAUGAAAUGGAGAAAGAACAUGAAAGACGAGAACAUUUAAAGGAAUUACCUGAAGAGGAGAGAAAGAAAGAAGAACAAAAAUAUGAAGAGAUGAAGAAAAAACACAGGGAUCAUCCUAAAUUACACCACCCUGGCAGCAAGGCGCAGCUCGAAGAAGUGUGGGAGAAAGAGGAUCAUUUUGACCCCGAGAACUUUGACCCCAAAACUUUUUUCUAUAAACAUGAUUUGGAUGGAAACAGGUUGCUUGAUGAGGAAGAAAUUGAAGCAUUAUUUCAGAAAGAGCUGGACCAGGUCUAUGACCCCAAUAACCCAGAAGAUGAUAUGGAGGAGAGGUAUGAAGAAAUGGCACGUAUGAGGGAGCAUGUCAUGAAAGAACUGGAUAAAGAUGGGGACAAACUGGUCAGCCUGGAUGAGUUCAUGCAGUACACAAAGUCUGAGGACUUUAACAAGGAUGAGGGAUGGGAUACCCUUGAGAAUGAGGAGCAGUACACUGAGGAGGAGCUGAAGGAGUAUGAGAGGAUGCUGAUGGAGGAGGAGAACAGGAGGAGACAGCAGGGGGCGUUUGACAGUCACGCUCAGCCAGGAGUUGUGAAUCAGCCACCUCACCCAGGAAAUGUUCAGGAAAUGCAGAUGCCUCAUGGUGGAAUGCCUCCACAAGGUGGAUUCCACCCCCAAGGUGGAAUGCCUCCACAAGGUGGAAUGCCCCCACAGGGUGGAUUCCACCCUCAAGGUGGAAUGCCUCCACAAGGUGGACAGUUUGAGCAGCUACAUCCUGAUCAAGUAGCAGCCAUUCAACAACAAGCACAACUCCAUGCACAGCAACAAGCCCAGUUUCAUGCACAGCAACAGCAACAAGUACAUGCUCAACAACAAGCACAAUUACAUGCUCAACAGCAAGCACAUGCACAACAGCAGGCUCAGUUCCAUGCUCAGCAACAGGCACAUGCACAACAACAAGCUCAGGCUGGUGGACAACAGCCACCCAUAGGACAACAAGCAGGUGAAGGCCAUCCAGCAGCACAGGUAGGUCAAGGACAACCACCAGUCCCAGGUCAACAAGGUCAUGUGGAUCCACAACAUCAAGGACAGCCAGCUGUUCAGCAAACUGGACAGGUCCCUGCUCAAGGUCAACAGGGACAGCAACAAGGUCAACAGGGACAGCAACAACAGCAACAGGGUCAACAACAACAGCAACAGGAUAAGCAGGAGCAUAAACCUGUGGCUUAAAUGGGGGUUUUAUUUUACAUUUAUUAUGGACUAGCUUUAACUCUGAUUCAAAGAAGAUUGGUGAUAUGUUACUUACAUGAUUACAUUCAUGAAAAGCCACCUAUAAAAUUUCAUCAAAAUGGAAUGUGAGAAAUUUUCAGAUGUACAGGAAAAUUUCAAGAAAGUAUGGUGCUAUUUAAGAGAAAUAGGCAAAGAAUUUUUUUCUUGAAGUUUUUAAAAAAAAAAAAGAUAAAUCUAAAUAAAAUGUCCUUAGGUGUAGCUAAAAGAUAGUGAUGUGUUCUAACCAGAAUUUUCUUAAAAUUUUUUAAAUAAUUUACCUUGAAAAGAAAAAUACCACAUUUGACGAGAAGAAUUUUCAGAGAUUUAUUUUCAUUACUUGUUUUGUGGUGCCAAACAUCAUAAGAAGUCAGCUUAGCCUAUGGUCUACCUUAUGAAUUAGUUCUAGUCAGGUGUAAAUCUAUUUCAUAAAUGAGGUGCAUAUAAUUAAGCUUUUUGAAAACUUAAUGUUAGUAAGAAAAUAGUUGAAAGUUUUUUUAGAUGAGUUGUUAAGGUAUGGAGAAAAUGGUUCCAUUCCAUGAAGUUAUCAGUUUAUUUUUAUAAGAAUUUCAGUUUAUAGAUUUAAUCUGAUAUAAGAUAUCAAGAAGAAUAGUAAUUUAUGAUAUUUAUUUUGUUCUAAAUAUUGCAAUUGUGCCAGAAAAUUUUCACUUCUGUAACAUAAGGAUGCCAGGAAAUUGAAAAUUGGAGAAUUUUCUGCUUCCAAUAUUAUGAACAAGAAACACAACAAAUUUAGAUUAGUUUUGAGAACCUUGUUUAAUAUUUUUUCCUAAUCAUCAUUAAUUACGUGUUAUUCAACACAAGGCUUAUUUUUUUAUGUAUUUUUAGAAGUAUCAAUGGCAUUAGACUUUCUUGCAGUGACAUACUUAGAGAAUUUUAAAUUUUAUGAGAUUUGGGUUUUUUUUAAAAUAAAAUUUGCAAUGAUUUCCAAAGCAUAGUAUUUUAUACGAAAUGCAAUAAGUAUAAACUCAGAAGUUUCUUUUUGAACUGCACAGAAUGGUCCGUUUUACAAAAUGACUUCUGGCUAAGGCCAAAAUGCAGUUUUUUUUUCAAAUAAUCUGCUUCUUGACAUUAGUUUGAAAUUGAUAUUAAACUUGUGAAAAAGAUUUUGAAAGAUAUUUUUAGACAAGCAAUCUUUGACAUAUUAUUUGAUUUUUCCAAAGUUUUGAAAUCAUCUCAAGUUUUUUGGUCUUAGUCAUAAGUUCUUUUGUAAAAAGGGCCUUGGGUUAUUUUGAAGUAUAAAUUGAGCCAUUAUUUUUUUUUUUUUUAACCAAGAAUUUUUCACAGUCAGUAAGCCUUUGUGCAUGUCUCUGUGCUGGUAGAAUGUUGUUUUAAUUUUGUUUUGUUAAAUGUUUAUUCAGUGUCAUAUCUUGUUUUUGUUUGUGGAUGUAAUGAGUGAGUUUUGUUAUAAAUGUAUUUUUCCCUAUUUUAAAUGACUUCGUAUACAUCUAUACAUAGAUACUUUUUCCCCAAUCUUUUUUUUUUUUUUUUAGAUUUGAGUUGCACACAUAAUUUGAUCAAAGUUUCAAGUUGUAUAUUCAUACAUCAACUUCAUAUGCUUAGUAGCACACAGCAAUCAUUGUCAAAUUUGAAUAAUUAGGCCUUUUUACUGCCACCUUGUAUCAAUGUGAUCAUUGUGUAAGUUUGUUCUUCUGACAUUCCAUUCCCAGAUUUAACUUUUUUUUCCCUUUCUAGGACACUUGUUAAGAGAAAAAUGCAUAUAUUGUACACUUUUUUCCUAGGGGGUUUUUAUGUAAGUGCUAAUGAUAUUCUUAAAUUACAUAUACAUGUCUUUAAAAAAUAUGUUUUAGUCACACAAUUUAACUAAUUCAGGCAUAUUUUUGUUAAUUAUUUAUGGAAAUUAGUUGUGUAUAACACUGCUGUAUGACACUGUGCAAUGUUUUUUUUUUAAAUUUCUACCCAACAUCAAGUCACUUUCAUAACUCUACAUACAUGUAUGUAGCACGUAAAACUUUUCAACUGUACAUUUAAAUCACAGGGUGAUUGAAUCAUGCAGCUUUGGUGAAUGGAAGUAUUAAAUUGUUAAAUCGGUA